AAUAGGAAAGAAUACAGUAAAUACACAGCAUCAGGCUGUUUAUUUAGGAAGGAUCUCUUAAACAGCACCAUGAUCUCAGUUGAAGCUGGUCUCUAUAUUGGCUCUGUGUCAGAUCUUAAGGAUCCUGAAGCGCUGACCCUCGCAGGAAUCACUCACAUCCUCAGUGUGGACUCUGAACAACCAGAACUUUCUGGAUUUCACACCAAAUUUGUCCAUGCGCUGGACGAUUCAUCCACAGAUCUCCUUAGCAAGCUGGACAGCUGUGUCCAGUUUAUCAGCGAUGCCCUGAAUGCAUCUUCCUCCUCCUCCUCCUCCUCAUCAUCGUCAGCACCGUCAGCACCAUCAGGAUCAACAUCAUCCGUUCUUGUUCACUGUCAUGCAGGUCAGAGUCGGAGCGCUGCCAUCAUCACUGCUUAUUUAAUGAAGACACACAAGCUGAGUGUACAUGAGGCGUACAAACUCCAGCACAUCAAACCAGAUGUCAAGAUGAAUGAGGAGUUUCUUGAACAGUUGGCGCUGUAUGAAGCUAUGAAUUGUGAACUGGACACCAGCAGUGUGUUAUACAAACAGUUCCGACUGAAGAAGGUUACUGAGAAAUAUCCAGAGCUUAAAAAUGUUCCCAGAGAUGUAUUCGCAGUCGACCCCGCACAAAGCCACAACACUGAGGCCGUCUACAGAUGCAGAAAGUGCAGACGCACGCUGUUCCGCCAUUCCAGCAUCCUCAGUCACUGUGUAGGCAGCGGAGCGUCUGCUUUCUCCCAUAAGAGGCUGAGUGGAGGACGACCUGCGGGAGAUCAGAGCCAGUGCACGUCGUACUUCAUAGAGCCAGUGCAGUGGAUGGAGGAGGCGCUGCUCGGGGUCAUGGAUGGACAGCUCCUGUGUCCUAAGUGCAGCUCUAAGCUGGGUUCGUUUAACUGGUAUGGAGAGCAGUGUUCGUGUGGCCGCUGGGUGACGCCCGCCUUCCAGAUGCACAAGAACAGAGUGGACGAAAUCAAACACAUCAACAUAGCAGCACUUAAAUGACACCAGCAAGCGGUGAAUAAGACAAAUAAAGACAUAUAUUGUUUAA